AUGGGGUGCCUGGAAACAAGGGAGAAGGCACGAGGCAGGAAAUGUGCUCUUGUGAAUUUUAGAGAUGACUCCAUGUUGAGAGCGGCAUCCCCGGUGUGGACUCACCAUCAUGACCUGUUCCCCGGCGCGGGCCUUCCGUCGCUCCCGCACCACCUGCCCCGCGUGGCCAGGGUGCCCUCGGGGGAUGGGAGCGCGCCGGGACUCCCCCUGGGCCAGGGCUUCCGGCACGCGGCCCCGCAGUGCUCUAUCUGCUACAAGACCUUCAUGCAGAAGAGCGAUCUGACGAGGCACAUGCGCAUCCACACGGGAGAGAAGCCUUACAUUUGCCACCUCUGUCCCUAUCGAGGGAAUCAGUCGACGCAUCUAAAGAAACACUUGUACCUGGUCCACAAAGGAUGGACGUCCAAAGAAAGACUCUCAAGUGGUGCCGUCAGCAUCGCAGGCCCCUUGCUUGAUACAGAAUAUCCCCAAGAAAGAGCCACCUUAUCCCAGGCUUCCUCCCUCUCUGUAGAGGCCGUUGCUCCUGGCCAGAGCUUUUCCUCCCUAAGUCUUGCCGAUCAGAGGGGACACACUUGCCCGUUUUGUGGGAAGAGUUUCAUUAAAAAGUUCAACCUUACCACUCACAUCCGCAUCCACACGGGGGAGCGCCCCUAUGCCUGUCCCAAGUGUUGGUACCGUGCCAAUCAGCGAUCGCACCUGAAAGCACACGUCGUCGCUGUGCAUAAAGGAGAAAGCUGCUGAGCAUUGGGCAGGAUAGACCUGUAUAUAAUUAA